GAUCUGCCCACCUCGGCCUCCCAAAGUGCUCCCCACCCUCUGUGCUCCAAGGCACACAGGCUCUCUACUGCAGCCCCGUUUUCCACUUACAUUUUCUGUUAUCACAGGGUGGGCAGAAGCACCGAGAGGGCGUUCAGCAUCUCUGGCCUCUGCUUUGGCCCCUCACACACAUGCUUGGUCACUAGGCUGUGGAACGUAACAGAGCCCCUUGCUCCACAACACGGACCACCCGACAGGAGCGUGGACACAGGAGGUGGGGCGACGUUGCCUCACAGAAGAGAGAAAAAGCCAGGAGGGCAGCAAGUGGGCGCAAAGUUCUCAGCUUUAGUCAUCAAGAAAACGCAAACUAAAACCAACGUAAGUGUAAGGGUUACUACUGAGUGUCAACUUGACUGGACUAAAGGAUGUAGUACUGUUCCUGGGAGCGUCUUGAGGGAGCUGCCAAAGGAGAUUCACGUUGAGUCAGUGGACGGGGAGAGGCCGACCCUCCCCUCCAUCUGGGGGGGCACCAUCUCAUCAGCUGCCAGCACGGCUAGAGUAAAGCAGGCAGAGGAACAUGGAAGGACCGGAUUGGCUGAGUCUUCCGGCCUCCAUCUUUCUCCCAUGCUGGAUACUUCCUGCCCUCAAACAUCAGACUCCAGGUGCUUCAGCUUUCGGGCUCUGGGGCCUACACCAGUGGUUUCCCAGGGGCUCUCAGGCCUUCAGCCACAGACUGAAGGCUGUGGCUGUUGCUUCCCUACUUUUGAGGUUUUGGGACUCAGACUAGCUUCCAGGCUCCCCAGCUUGCAGACGGCCUAUUGUGGGACUUCACCUCGUGAUCGGUGAGUCAAUACUCCCAAUAAACUCCCCUCCAUGUAUACAUCUAUCCUAUUAGUGCUGUCCCUCUAGAGAACCCUGACUCAUACACUCAAGUACUGGUGAAGAGGUGGAGCAAAGCAAACUGGUCCAUUCUCAUCAGGGCCAACUCACGCAUCUGGAAAUCUCUACUCACAAUGAACACAAGUGUGCCCUAUAGCCCAGCAAUGCCAUUCUGGACACACACGUCCAAAGGAAAGGCAGGCGCACACACACGAGAGACACAUGCAAAAUGCUUCACAGCAGUGGGGUUUGCAGCGUGUCACUACGAUGCGAGGAUGGAACACUACACAGCAGAGGAAGCGAAAACAUCACAACGUAAGUCAAUCUCACAAAUAAUGUUGAAGAACCCUGUCUCUACGAAAAAUUUAAAAAUUAGCUGGGUGCUGUGGUGCACGCUGGUAGUCUCAGCUACCAGGAAGGCGGAGG